CAAAAACCUUAAAGUAAGAUAACGCACCAACAUCUCAACUAAAUACAAAAAUUUUUUUGUUUCAGAUUAACCUACAAAAAAAAUAUAUAUUCCUUCUCAAAAACAGUCACUGCAGCCGCCUUCAUCGCAAUUUUAUUUUGUUUUUUUUGAAGCUAAAAGAGUCUUAUCUUAAAAAUGUCUCAUACAAUUCUAUUAGUUCAACCUGGCAUCAGGCCGGAAACACGCACCUACAGCGACUAUGAAAGCGUCAACGAUUGCAUGGAAGGUGUUUGCAAAAUCUACGAGGAGCACCUAAAACGUCGCAAUCCAAACACACCCACAAUCACAUACGACAUUAGUCAGUUGUUUGAUUUUGUGGACCAACUCGCCGACAUUAGUUGUUUGGUUUAUCAAAAGUCCACAAACACAUACGCUCCCUACAACAAGGAAUGGAUUAAGGAGAAGAUCUAUGUUUUGUUGCGACAGGCAGCCGGUAGCACAGAUUAAAAAACCGAGUGUAAACAAAAAACACAACAUUUCUCCCCUCAAACUCUAUGAACAAUUUUAAAACAUGUUCACCUAUUUUUUUAUUGUUUCAAUUGAUUUAGCUUUAAUUUUGAUUUUGAUCGAAUUGGAUGUCCUCUUUUUGUAGAUUCUUUUGUUUAUUUAAUUUUUUUUUUAUUUUCUGAAGGUCAACCUUUUGCUUCAGUUUGUUUUGAGAGCAAACAAAUGUUUUCGAUUGAGUUGAUGAAUUAAUUUAUUUAUUUUUAUUUACUCGACACAGAAAACUUAGUUUAAAAAAAUAAAAAAUAAGAAUUGUGUUUUCAACAAAGCUAAUCCCAAAGGAAAGACAAGACAUCCAAAAAUAUAAAAAAAGCAAAGAUCAAAUUGAGACAAAAACAAAAAAUCGUGUUAUUUAAAUGAAUUCAACAAAUUAUCUUAUUAUUUUUUUAUUUUUUGUUUAUUAUUUUUUUUUUUUCUUAAAACUUAACUUAAAAAGUUUAGAAAAUUACUUCUAACCUUUUUGACUUGCGUUCAAAUAUAAUUGCAUUUUUUUCCUAUUCUCCACCAAUUAUUGACGUUUGAAAAGAAAAAAGAAUAUUGAAACAGAAACUACACUCAAUUUUAAGAGGAAACAAUUCUUAUUUUUGUUUUAAGUAAAAAUAAAACAAGAAAUUUGUAUUUUACUUGAACAAAAACAGAAAAAAACAAAAAAAAAACUUGUAGAAUAUUAGCAUGUAAGUAAUAUCAAACGUACUGUAUUAAAAA